AUGUCGGAGGCGGGGGGCGCGGGCCGGGCGCGGGCCGCCGUGGAGCGGCUCUCGGAGGCGGUGGGCGAGCGGCGGCGGCGGCUGGGCACCGCCAUGGGGGAGGCACGGCGGCAGCGGCGGCUGCUGCUGAUGGUGGUGUGCGUGGCGCUGCUGCUGGACAACAUGCUCUACAUGGUCAUCGUGCCCAUCAUCCCCGACUACAUCGCGGCCAUGCGCGGCGGCGGGGGCACCGCCGGCCCGUCCGCGCCCGCGGGGGGCAACGGGAGCGGCGGCGGCAACCGCAGCCUUCUGCCUGCGCGGUAUCCGCCGGCCACGGGGAGCAACGAGGACGUGCAGAUCGGGGUGCUGUUCGCCUCCAAAGCCAUGCUGCAGCUGCUGGUGAACCCCCUCAGCGGCACCCUCAUCGACCGCGUGGGCUACGAGGCACCGCUGCUGGCCGGGCUGGCCGUCCUGUUCCUCUCCACCGCCACCUUCGCCUUUGCCGAGAACUACGCGACGCUGUUCGCGGCGCGCAGUCUGCAGGGGCUGGGCUCUGCCUUUGCAGACACCGCCGGCAUCGCCCUCAUCGCUGACCGCUACGCCGAGGAGCCGGCGCGGAGCCGCGCCCUGGGCACGGCGCUGGCCUGCAUCUCCUUCGGCAGCCUGGCCGCACCCCCCUUCGGCGGCGUCCUCUACGAGUUCGCGGGCAAGCGGGUGCCCUUCCUGGUGCUGGCCUGCGUCUGCCUCCUCGACGGGCUGAUGCUGCUGGUCCUGGCGCCGCCCGGUGGCACCGGAGCACGGGCCAACAUGCCUGUGGGCACCCCCAUACACCGCCUCAUGAUUGAUCCCUACAUUGCCGUGGUGGCAGGGGCCCUGGCCACCUGCAACAUCCCCCUGGCCUUCCUGGAGCCCACCAUCGCCAACUGGAUGAAAGAUUCCAUGGGGGCCAGCGAGUGGGAGGUGGGCCUCACCUGGCUGCCCGCCUUCUUCCCCCACGUGCUGGGCGUCUACGUCACCGUCCAACUGGCUGCUGCGUACCCACACCUGCAGUGGUUUUAUGGGGCCCUGGGCAUGGCCAUCAUCGGUGCCAGCUCUUGCUUGGUGCCCGCCUGCAGGAAUUUCGGGCAGGUCAUCAUUCCCCUCUGUGGCAUCUGCUUUGGCAUCGCCCUGGUGGACACUGCCCUGCUGCCCACCCUGGCUUUCCUGGUGGACGUGCGACACGUCUCUGUCUAUGGCAGCGUCUAUGCCAUUGCAGACAUCUCCUACUGUGUGGCAUAUGCCCUGGGGCCUAUCGUGGCCGGCCAGAUUGUGCACACCAUGGGCUUUGCGCAGCUCAACCUGGGCAUGGGGCUUGCCAACGUUCUUUAUGCCCCUGUCCUUCUCUUCCUCAAAAAUGUCUGCCAAAUGAAACCCUCUCACUCGGAGAGGAACAUCCUCCUUGAAGAAGGACCUAAGGGACUCUAUGACACCAUCAAAAUGGAGGAGCGCAAAGGCAUGGGCAAAAGCCUCCAGCCAGCGGGCGAGAUGGAUGAGAAUGGCAUGGGCUCUUACCACAGAGACCUGAAAGGGGUGUCUGAGGAGGACUCAUCCGACUAUGAGUACAGUUAG